AUGGGUGAAAAACUGAAUUCCAAUAGCAGCACAUUAAGUGCCUCCAACUCUGUAAUAUCACCGUAUGGUGAAACGGAGUCAAAGCACAGAUGGCAAAACUUUAAAGACUCUUUCAAACAAGCUAAGAAACCGGAAUAUGAACAACUUGAUGAAGAUUCACUCACAGAAAUCCAAAGGAUUAAUAUCAAAACUGCAACAUCACUGUUGCAAAGAGAACUUAAACCAAGACAUUUACAAAUGAUUGCCAUUGCUUCGUCCAUAGGUACAGGGCUUUUCAUUGGUUCAGGGUCUGCUUUGAGUACUGGUGGUCCAGGCGGUAUUCUUAUUGCUUGGGUUCUCACUGGUUCUGCCAUUCUUUGUACAAUGCAAGCAUUAAUUGAGUUGAGUGUAACAUUCCCCAUCAGUGGUUCAUUCAAUGUAUAUGCUUCAAGAUUUAUUGAUCCCAGUGUUGGUUUCAGUGUUGCUUGGAAUUAUGUCUUCCAGUAUCUUACCUUGUUACCUUUAGAAUUGGUUGCAGCUUCUAUUACCAUUCAAUAUUGGAACACAUCCAUAAACCCUGAUGUAUGGGUUGCAAUUUUUUAUCUUGUGGUAAUUGCUAUAAAUUUUUUCGGUGUCAGAGCUUACGGUGAAGCAGAAUUCAUUUUCUCUUCUAUCAAAGUGCUUGCUGUUGUGGGCUUCAUCAUUGUUUCAAUUGUUUUAGCAGCAGGUGGUGGUCCCACAGGUAAUUACGUAGGAGCUAAAUACUGGCAUGAUCCAGGUGCUUUCUCAAAUGGAUUUAAAGGUGUCGCUUCUGUUUUUGUCACAGCUGCAUUUUCGUUUGCAGGUACUGAAUUAGUUGGAUUGACCGCUGCUGAGGCAAAGAAUCCAAGACAUGCAUUACCUAAGGCAACAAAGCAAGUUUUCUGGAGAAUUCUUAUGUUUUACGUUGUUUCAUUAACUUUAAUCGCCUUUUUAGUUCCAUACAAUGAUCCAAGAUUAAUGAAUGGAAGCUCUAGUGUUGAUAUUUCUGCAUCCCCAUUUGUCAUUGCCAUUAACAACGGUGGUAUUAAGGUUUUGCCAUCAAUUAUGAAUGUUGUGAUUUUGAUUUCUGUCAUUUCCGUUGGUUCAUCUUGUGUUUAUGCCACAACCAGAACGGUUACCUCAUUAGCCGAACAAGGUCUUGCUCCUCUGUUCUUGGGAUAUAUUGAUCGUAAGGGAAGACCUAUUAUUGCCAUUGUGAUUACCAAUAUUUUUGGUCUUUUAGCAUUUAUUGCUGCCAGUCAUAAACAGAAUGCCGUUUUCACUUGGUUGCUUUCGAUUUCAGGCUUAUCUGCCAUUUUCACUUGGUUGUCUAUUAAUAUUGCCCAUCUUCGUUUCAGAAGGGCUCUUAAGGUUCAAGGGCGUUCAACUGAAGAGUUGAUUUACAGUUCCCAAACAGGCGUGAUAGGCUCUAUUUAUGCAGCUUGCCUUAACAUUCUUGUGUUGAUAGUUACCUUCUGGGAAGCUGUAUGGCCAUUGGGUAGUAAACCUAAUGCCGAAGCAUUCUUUGAGGUAUAUCUUGGAUUUGUCAUUCUUAUAAUCUUCUACGUGGGUCAUAAGAUUUAUAGAAGAAAUUGGGUUCUUUUCAUCAGAGCAAAAGACAUUGAUAUUGAUUCUGGUAGAAGAGAGCUGGACUUAGAAGCUUUGAAAGAAGAAUUGGCAGAGGAAAGAGCCAUUUUGGCAGCAAAGCCUUUGCUGUCCAACCGAGAUAUUCGAUUGCUAUGGGCUUCUGUAUUUUUCCGGAUGUUGAGUUACGGUCUCACCAAUCAAGUAUUGGUUUUAUUUCUUGAACUGAUAAAAGUGAAGCCAUCUCAAAUAGGUGGCUUCAUGACAUGGACUUUAAUAGGUGAUGCUUUAAUAUCUUUCUUUCUCACCUUAUAUGCUGAUAAAAUAGGUAGAAGAGUAGUAUUAAUAGUUGGUUCCAUCAUGAUGCUUGGUGCUGGACUAAUAUUUAGUAGAAGUACAAGUUUUCCAAUCUUAUUAUUGGCUGCAAUUGUUGGAGUUAUAUCACCAUCCGGAGAUGAAACAGGACCAUUCAAAUCAGUGGAGGAGGCUUGUAUAGCCCAUUUAACUCCAACAAAUCAUUUACCUGAGAUUUUUGCAUUACAUGGUUUGAUAUCUACUGCGGGGGCAGCUGUUGGAGCCUUGUCUAGUGGUUUAAUUGUGGAUUACUUUCAUAAGGUUAGAGGAUGGGAGAUUUUGGAAGUUUACAGAAGUAUAUUUGUCAUCUAUGCGGGGAUGGCAGUGGUGAAGUUAUUUAUUUUUUUGCUUCUUUCCGAAAAGUGUGAACUAGGAGAUGAUAAUGUCAAAGAAAGCACCACUGAACUUCCAAACGAGACAACACCGUUGGAGGUGUCUUCAGAAGAGGGUAGCUUGAUUGAAUGUGAACCCGAAAUUAGUAAGAAUGCAUUGUCAACAAGUACUAGGAGGAAUUUGUACAGUCUCUUGGCUAUUUUUAUGCUUGAUUCACUUGGAUAUGGUUUCAUGCCUUCAGCUUGGACAAUCUUUUACUUCAAAAAAUUUUUCAAAGUAUCUGCUACCCACUUGGGUAUCUUAUUCUUCAUUACAAAUAGUGUUGAUUCAAUAUCUUCCAUACCCUCAGCUUAUUUGACUAAAUUCCUAGGCCCUGUAAAAUCAAUCUUAUUUACACAGGCACCUUCAGCAGUCUUCUUUCUUCUUAUUGGUUUCAUAUCUCAGUUUUGGGUGGCUGCUUUUCUCCUCAUUCUUUACUAUUUGACUAUGACAAUGGAUGUUGUUCCUAGACAGGUUUUGCUUGUGUCGAUCAUUCCGAAGAAGGAGCUCUCUAAAUUUCUUGGUUUAGUGAAUAUUGGAAAGACAUAUGCUAGAUGCGUUGGGCCAAUAUUUACUGGAGGAUUAGCUGAAAAGGGUAAGUUAUACUAUGGCUUUUUUAUUAACGGUGCUUGUGUCUUGUUAGCAGAUUUGAUUUUGGGAACUAACUUUUUGCACCUUGAUGAAGACAUUUCUAAGGAUUUGCACAAGUUUGAACAAUUAAAAUAA